AUGAAUCUGGAUGUGUUGACGGCUGUUGUACACUCUCAAUUGCCGGAAACGUCGUCAAUGUCGUUGUCGUCUCGUAUUGCAUUUAUUAUGCCUGGAUUGAAGUCCCGAUGUGAAGCAUUUCUCCUCAACGACGUCUCUGCGCACAACGUUUCCGAACGCCUGAAGACCGCCUAUGAGCUUCAGCCUAUGGGUUUGCUUAUCGUUUUUAUAUUGCUCAAUUGG